AUGUGUGAGGAAAACUAUAUAUUUGAUUUUAUUUAAGAAAAAUUUAUAUAAAAGUAACCUUCAAAUAAAAAUUGUUUGAGAGCAUUUAUUGAUUUUAAUGGUAAUGAAAUUUGUACUCUUGCUGCUAUAGAUGAUUUCAAUAUUGCUCCUGAAAUUAUAAAUUGUGAAAAAUAUUAACCUUAAUGUCUUUCAUGCAUAAGAUCUCCUUAAUUUUUAAUUAAAUGUAUUGUAUGUAAAAUAGGAUAUACAGCAUCUAUUAUAAAUGGAGGUUGCUAUUUAACAUUAUAGUAAAAUAAAAAUUCAUAAAUUACAAUUGAAGGAGAUUAUUCAUUAUAAGAUGCAUGGAUUCAAAGAAUAUAAGCUUUUAUAAUGAAACUUACCAAACAAUUAUUUUUAUCCUCAUAUCCUUAUAUCAGACCUGACAGAAUAAUUUAGUAUUGA